ACCGGUUGAUGGACAUUAAUUAAUAAGGACGACAACACAAGGCCCCAUUACGAGAGACUACGCUUAUCUAUCUAGACGAUGCUCAUCCAGAUGGAUUUUCCCUAUCUAAACUUCUGGUAUCCGCCCCGUGGAGACGAGCUCGGAUCCAGCUCUGCGAGUUCGGAGUCUGUCUGGGGUUCCCCACGGCCGAUGGCUCUUCUAUAUGAACAGGCAUGCGUCCACCGUUGAACAGACGGAGAGAUCAGCAUUGCAUCCUAGCAGCAGUCCUUGAACCGCAAGUCAGUCUCGGAUAAUUCCAUUCGACGGACUACUUGAAGGCCUUACUCCUUGUAUCUACAGCGGCGAUUCCGCCCAUUUGACAUCAGGAGAAAAGAAACACCAUGGCCGGCAACGUGGUCGAAUUCUCCCCUCCCCUGGGGCAGGGCUUUGGAUAUGGAAUCAUUCUAGGUCUGGGAUUUGCUUUUGCCUUCGUGAUGAUCUUCAUCACUUGGGCUCUCAAGCGGUAUCAACACGAAGUGCAAACAUCAGAGAUGUUCUCCACGGCCGGAAGGUCAGUCAAGUCAGGGUUGGUGGCAGCAGCCGUUGUCAGUAGUUGGACCUGGGCGGCAACUCUGUUGCAGUCGUCCACGGUGGCAUACGAAUACGGCGUUUCAGGCCCCUUCUACUACGCAGCAGGCGCUACGGUUCAGAUUAUCCUGUUUGCAACACUGGCUAUCGAACUGAAGAGACGAGCUCCCAAUGCGCAUACAUUCCUGGAGGCCGUCCAUGCUCGCUAUGGAACAAUCGUCCACUGCGUCUUCAUCGUUUUCUGUCUGAUGACCAAUAUCCUCGUGACAGCCAUGCUUCUGACAGGUGGAUCCGCUGUGCUGACGGCGUUGACGGGAGUCCACACAGCUGCAGGCUGUUUCCUCCUCCCCAUCGGUGUCGUCCUCUACACUAUCUUUGGGGGUAUUAAGGCCACAUUCAUUACGGACUACAUACAUACCAUCUUCAUCGUCGUUAUCAUUUUCGUUUUCGCGUUUUCCGCCUAUGCGACGAACAGUAAGCUGGGGUCCCCGAGUGCUGUCUACGACGCCCUGGUCGAAGCAUCCCGUCUCCAUCCAAUCGAGGGAAACGCGGAGGGAAGCUACUUGACCAUGCGUUCGAAGCAAGGUGGCAUUUUCUUCGUCAUCAAUCUCAUUGGAAACUUCGGAACUGUGUUCCUCGACAACGGAUACUAUAACAAGGCCAUUGCAGCUAGCCCUGUGCACGCUUUCCCCGGAUACAUCAUUGGUGGUCUCUGCUGGUUUGCGAUCCCAUGGCUCUGCGCCACCACUAUGGGACUCACCGCUGUUGCAUUGGAGGGCACACAGCAAGUCAGCUCACAGGAUGUCACUGCUGGUCUGGUCCUGCCUUUUGCAGCCGUCAAGCUGCUGGGCUACGGCGGAGCAGUGGCCACUACGCUGAUGGUGUUCAUGGCGGUCACUUCUGCCUUCUCAGCGCAGCUGAUUGCCGUGUCCUCAGUGACCACUUAUGAUAUCUACCAGGCUUACAUCAAUCCCAAGGCCAAGGGAAAGCAGCUAGUCCUCGUUUCCCACUUGUCCUGUGUCGUGUAUUCUCUAGCCAUGGCAGGAUUCGCUACAGGUCUGUACUACGCGGGCAUCGGUAUGGGCUAUCUCUACCUCCUGAUGGGCGUCAUCAUCUCCGCUGCAGUCUUCCCGGGUGCCAUGGCUCUGCUCUGGAAGGGACAGAACUGGAUCGCUGCCGCUGCCUCUCCUGUUCUCGGCCUGGGAACUGCCCUCGGCGCCUGGCUCGGCACUACGCAAAAUCUGUACGGUGACCUCAGUGUGGCCAGCACCGGAUCGAAUUACCCCAUGUUGGCAGGCAACGUGGCAGCGCUGCUCAGCCCGAUGAUCUACGUCCCGAUCCUCACUCUUGUCUUCGGCUCGCAGAAUUACGACUACGAGUCUAUGCGUGCCAUCCGCAAGGUCGACGAUACCGACGUCGCUGCCGCUGCGCAUGUCGACAUUGAACUCAUUCCUGGUGAAGUCGAUCACCACACUGCUGCCCAAGAGGCUGAGGAACUACGCCUGCUCAACAGAGCCGCCAAAUGGGCCCGCAUCCUCACCGUUUUCAUGGCCAUCAGUCUUCUUGUCAUCUGGCCCAUGCCCAUGUACGGAUCCUCAUACGUCUUCAGCAAGCCCUUCUUCACCGGCUGGGUCGUGGUCGGCAUUAUCUGGCUCUUCGGUACCUCUUUUGGUGUCAUCAUCUACCCGCUGUGGGAGGGCCGCUACAGCAUACAGCGCGUGGUGCGUAUGAUGUCUCAGGAUAUCAUGGGUAAGAGGCCUACCUAUUACGGUGGCCAGGAAGCCGCAGACGAACCUACCACCGGUCAAGUGACACCCACAACAACGGAGAAGGUCUCUGGUGAUAAGUUCACCGAAGAGAAAUAGAUUAUUAUAUCCAGAUGAUUCCCAUGCAUGUACAUACGUUUCUGUUUUACCUUUGUUUUUAUUUGUCUUUAUAGGUAUAUAUAUCCUUGGACGGGAGCCGAAUACUCAGGCUAAUGAUGAAUAUUUUGAUGAUCCAAUAUUUUGUGCGUCCUUCCUUGUGGUGUCGAGGAAGCCUCUGCUCUACACAAUACUUAGUAGUUAAUUGUUCUUUGGAAAGAUCUAAUCUCUGAUAAUUUCUAGAGUUCGGAUACUUCAUACCCUUUACUUUUUAUAGAAAUAAAUCGAG